GUUCGCUUCAGGUUCACACAGGAAGUGCAAAACUGCUUUCUCAAGAGUGUUUGCUGCAGAGUAGCUGAGAAGCGACUAGAGCGGCGGUGCAGACGUGGAAUCAGGAACAUGAUGGGGUUACAGAUCUUUGUCCGACUCCUGCCGCUCACAUGUCUGCUCCAAACAGGUGUGAGGAGUGUGAAGGACUCGGUGUUUGUUUACAGCAGAAUCGGAGACGCCGCCCUGCUGCCCUGCACCAGACCGACCUCAGCCGGCUGCUCCUCCAUCACCUGGACCUUCUUCAGAGGCGGCCUGGUCCGUUACAGCGAGGAGGUGACCGGAGGCCGGGUCAACCGCGACUCGGACAAAUCCAACAGAACCACAGUCACGUCCAACUGCUCCCUCGUCCUCAGCGACCUCACCGUGGGAGACGCGGGUUCGUACGUGUGUCUGGAGAACAAGGAGGCGGUCACCGACGUCUACCUGUCGCUGCUGAGCGUCCGCUCGGGUUCGCCGAUCACGGAGCUCCGGCCUGGAGGGAACCUCUUCCUCACCUGCAUCCUCUUCACCUACUACGACGCGGGCAGCUGCAAGCCGUACUCCAACGUGUUCAGGGUCAACUGGCUGGAUGAGGACGGAGAGCAGCUGCCCAGAGGCGAGAGCAGGACCAAACUGGCUGACAAGUACAAGCUGACUGAAAACACUCGGUGCAACGUCACUCUACUCAUUAAGCUGCAAGCGGAGGACAACAACAGGAAGUGGAGAUGUCAGGUGGACACCACAGAGAACAAGAAAGUUACAUUUCUGGACUUCAGAUCCUCCUUUCUGUUUCAAAACACCGACACGGACCAGACUGUGAAGCCGCCGGUCACAGAGGAGUGUCCCGCAGAGCUGCCCAUCAGCCGGAUCGUUCUGUGUGUGGUUCUGCCGCUCCUGGUGUGCAUCGUGGGAUUCUUCACAUGGAAAUCAGACCACAAGAGAGCAACGACCUCAGCUGCUGUCAUCGAGCUGCAGGAUGUUUACUGACUGACUGUGCUGAACCAUUUGCUGCAAAGAAACUGUAAAAAGCAGAAUGGGUGUUUGACAGUCCACCUAAAAUGAAGAAAAUGAACAAUUAUCCCUUGAUACACUGUAAAAACACAAUCUUAUCAAGUAUUUUUGUAGAAAAAAACACAAUUUCACAAUUUACGUUUAAUAAAUGCAAUUAAAAUCAUGUUUCUUUAAGUUUGUCCACACGAUAAGUCAUUAAGAAACAUGUCACACCAUUAUCCUCUUACCACUUCCUGUAAUUUUCUUUGUCUUUUCCGCCAGUAGUAACAUCUGGCUGUUGAUCACAUUUCGAUUCAACCGUAAAACCACCUCAUUCUAGCAAAAACAUUUUUGAAAUUGGUAAGUUUCCAAUAAGUGAAUAUUUUUUUGUAAUUCCAAUUUGCGCAAUCUUAUGGUCAAUCUAAACACAGCUACGCAUAACAAGACAUUUUUCCCACGUUGUAAAAAUAAUCUGCCAGUAGAAUUUGUACUUUUUGUAAACAUUCAAGAAUUAUUCCCUUAAAACAAACUCCUAUAUCUUACUGAAAAGUUACUUGUACAUUUGUUUAGUCUUAUUUCAAGUGUAAUAAAAUAUUUGCACCAGAAACUAAACAAAAGUACUUGGUAAGAUUUUGCAGAUAUUUGACACAUACUGUGCUUCAGUUAGAUUAGCUUAGAGGAAAAUGCUUUCUUAUUAAAAUGUUAACCUUGCAAAAGAGUUGCAGAUAUUUCACGGUUUCUUUUUUCUCCAUGCAGCUUUAAUUUAUUUAAAAUCACGCUGUUCUCAUUUCCAAUAACUCUCCUUUAGUGUCACCUCCUCUUGGUUCUCAUAUCAAACUGUUUACUUGACAGUGCUACUUUGUUGCUCCUGCAUUAAUGUUUGAGAAAGUCCACAACGGUGAAUCUUUUUUUCAGUGUCAGUUGCCAC